AUGAAGUUGCUGAUUAGGAGUUCAGGACGACAAACGGUGCCAGCGGUUGGAGGUGGUGAGUGCCCCGAUGCGGCUCUGGAAGCAGGGAUUGGGGACAGGAUGCAGGGCGAGAUGACGGGUGCUAGGCAGGUGUCCGAAGCAAAAACUGCAGAUAGCAGUAAAGAGGAAAAUAAACCAACACCGCACUACGAAGAAAAGUGA